CUCCUCGUAGCCUAAAUGGGUUGUGUGUGUUUUUUCUGGAUAGGACUCCGGAAAGUAGGCACCUAAAGUGGCGCUUUGAAUCGAGCCUUUGUCUGGAGCGAGGAGCGGGGAGGCACCAUGGAAACACCUGAGGCUGUCACCAGCGGCUCCCUCCUCGGAGCAGGGGCACGGCUCUGAAGGCUGGCGGGGAGCCCGAGCAGCGCCGGUCUAGACACCCACGGGGUUGUGGGGGCGACGGCCGACGCUCUUGUUUUGUCUGGGAGGGCCAUGGCGGGAUUCGCCGCCGUCUUCUACAGCGAGCCGGCCGUGCUGGGGCUCCUGGGCAACGUGGUCAGCGCCUUCCUGCUCUGCCUGCAGAACUUCGCCGUGGCCCACACCGGCCUCAGGCCGCGGGGCGCAGAGGACAUCCUGGCAGGUGUCCACCUCAUCCUGAUCGGAGGCUUCGUCCAGCUCCUGGCGGGAUUCCUCGCCUUCCGCAAGUACGACCACCUUGGGGGCACAGCCUUCCUCACCUUUUCCGCCCUGUGGAGCAGCUAUGGGGCCACACGGAUCGUGUCAGCUGCCUACCCGUCCCUGCAGAACACCACUCUGCCCUCAGGGAACAGCAGCCAUCUGCCACCCCUCGGCGCGGCCCAGCUCUCCGCCAGCCAGAGCGCGGUGGCCGGGCUGGUGGCCUACAUCUCCAUCUCCUUCGUCCUCUGCUUCUGCUCAGCCACCACCAACUACAUCAUGCCCUUCAUAUUCGGCGCCCUCGCCCUCGCCCUGGUGUUCGAGGCAGUCGCCCUGUUCUGCCAGUGGGCCCUGGUGGUGUCGGGGGCCAUCGAGCUGGUCAUUGUCGCCUGCGGGUUGUACGGGGCCAUGGCUCUGCUCCUGAAGGGCAUCACGCAGCGCUACGUCCUCCCAGGCUUCGGGCACCCCCUCUUCAACGUCCUGCUGUUGGGGUCAGCACAGAAAAGCUCCUCCAAGGCCAUUGGGGAGGAGAAGAAAAAGAACACAAAGUACGCCGAGCCGAUGGCCCUGGGCAACAUCUGCGACACGGUGUCACCCUUCAUCUUUGCCUUUUACUUCUUUGGGUACGUGAAGACCUUCUGUGUCGGGGCAGUGUGGAUCUCCAUCAUCUCCAGCUGCCAGCUGCUCUCCAGCUUCUACAGCUACCUCCGAGGUGACGUCUACCACACGACCAAGUUUGGCGUCCACAGCCUCUACUGGCUGGUGAUGUCUUGGGAAGAGUUCACCCUCACCACCACCUUCCUCGGGCUGCCCCGGGCCCAGGAGAGCAGGCUGGGCAUGUUCGGAGGGUGGUUCUUCCUGGCCACCGCCUGCACACUCUUGCUGAUGUCCACCCACAAAGACACCCUGGAGAUGUUGCAAAACACCUCCUUUGUCAUCCUCACGACGGCCUUCAUCCACCAGAUCCCUCUGCCCGGCGCUCAGCCCCUCCUGGGCACCGCCUGCAGCCUCUGCACGGCCCUGUCCCUGUACGCCACCUUCGCCAGCCUCAUCAACUCCAUCGGGGAGAAGGCCCUGAUCCCGGUGGGCGCCCAGCCCGUGUCCAGCUCGGCUCUCCAAACCGCGCUGAUGGCCCUCAAAUCCCGCCUCACGAGCACCGGGGAGCUCCCCGGAGGCACCGGCGCCGCCGUGCCCGACGCCUUGUUCUACGUCUGCAAUGGCCUGGCCGCAGCCGCUGCCGUCCAGGGGGGCCUGGGGGACCCCAGCAGGCAGCAGCUCUCCAUCCCCUCCGUGCUCAUCCCGGGGGCCGUGGGGCAGCUCUACGUGUGCAGGAUCCAGGCCUGGGGAGGGAGGAGGUUUGGCUCCGUCCUGCCCUUCUGCUACGCCGCCUUCUGGGCUGCCUGGACGUGGCUCCGCCUGGCAGGCCACCUGCUGAACAUCGGUGCGGGGAACACCGAGGGAUUCACUGCCGGUUCCGUUGCCUUUUUGGUGCUGAAUGCUUUUUUAAUCAUUCUAGCUUCCUCUUUUAACGUGGUGCUGCUCUGUGUGACCCUUGCAAUGGAGCUCUUAAGCAUUUGUUUUCUGCUCUUUACAUUGGAGAACCUCCCUUUGCCAUUUGAAAUUGUGGUGUUGAGCAUCUUCAGCAUCCUCUGCUUCUACGGAGCGACGGCGUCGCUGGCAAACUGCAUGUUUGGGAAGGACCUCCUGAUGAUGGGACCUCCCCUGUUCACAGCCUGGAGCUCCAAGAAGGACCCCCAGGAUCCCCCACCCUGCGUGUGCCCCAAAUCCCACUGCACGAGUGGGCUGAGGACCAUCGCGGAGCUGCUGAACACGGGGGCCGUGUGUGGGGUCCCCACGGACACUGUGUAUGCCCUGGCAGCCUCCUGCAAGCACCCCCAAGCCAUCGAGAAGGUCUACAGGAUCAAGGACAGGCCUCAAGAGAAGCCCAUCUGCAUCUUCAUUUCAAACCUGGACCAGCUGCGAGCAGCUGCUCCCCCCAUCAGCCCCUUGCUCUGGGAGUUCAUGGAAAAUGUUUACCCUGGUGGCAUUGGCUGCAUUAUCCAGAAAGGAGAGUGGCUGAAGAAGUUGGGGGUCGGAGCAGGCUACAGCAGGGUGGGGACUCAGGACAGCAUCAUGAUCAGAGUGCCCGACCUGACAGUCCUGGUGCACCUCAUCGACAUGACGGGGCCCUUGGCCAUCACGUCGGCCAACCCUAGCGGGGAGGUGGACAGCACACACCACGACAUGGUCAUCUCGCGUCUUGGCCAUAAGCUGGAGGGUGUUCUCUGUGAUGGAGAAUCUGAUGAGGUGGUGGCCUCCACUGUGGUCAACUGCACAAAGAUUGAUGAAGGUGGCAUCACCAUUGUGCGGGAAGGCUGCAUCCCAGCAGGAAAGGUGAUGCAGAUCUUUGAGAGAGUGAAGAACAGAGUGCUCUGAACCAGAGGAACCUUCCCCUGAGCCAAGGAACAGCAUCUGGUCUCCUGAGAAGACACGGGGUGUCCCACGCCUCGCUGGACCACACGGCCUAGGGAGAGCCAUUCCUUGUCUGCCCAAGCUCUUACCUCCUUGGGAAGGGCAGCACUUCCUCUCCUGCUGCCUCUCCUGGGAGCUUUCUGCGGUGAUUUGCUGUUUAUCCCCAGUAAGUGCCUGGAACUGCCGAGACACCUGCCCGUGGAAUGCCAGCAGGAGCAGGAGUGAUGCUUUCUUGCAGGAAUUCCCAGAGCUCCUGUGUUUCCAAAGUGCAGUGGACUGUGAAUGCCCUGGCUGCUUGUGUAUCCCCUUCCACAACACUCAGAUCUGUGUAUUUUAGAGUCCUAAAAAUCCACUAAAUAAAUCCUCC